UUCAGGUCUGAAGAGCAAGUUUCUAAGAUAGUCAGGUCAUGCGACAAGCAUAAGGUACCCAUUGUACCAUAUGGUGGAGCUACAUCACUUGAGGGUCACACCUUGUCUCCCAAUGGAGGUGUUUGCAUAGACAUGUCAUUAAUGAAUCGUGUUAAAGCAUUACAUGUUGAGGACAUGGAUGUGGUUGUUGAGCCUGGGGUUGGAUGGAUGGAGCUUAAUGAAUACCUGGAGCCUUAUGGUCUAUUCUUUCCCCUGGAUCCAGGGCCUGGUGCAACAAUUGGAGGAAUGUGUGCUACACGUUGCUCUGGAUCCCUAGCUGUUAGGUAUGGAACCAUGCGUGAUAAUGUCAUCAGUCUCAAGGUAGUUCUUGCAAAUGGAGAUGUUGUGAAGACUGCAUCUCGUGCUCGAAAGAGUGCUGCAGGGUAUGAUUUAACCCGCCUGGUGAUUGGUAGUGAAGGAACUCUUGGUGUAAUAACAGAAGUCACUUUACGGCUUCAAAAAAUUCCACAAUAUUCAGUGGUUGCUGUGUGUAAUUUUCCUACAGUUAAGGAUGCAGCAGAUGUUGCUAUUGCUACUAUGCUGUCUGGAAUACAGGUGUCAAGGGUUGAACUACUGGAUGAGGUUCAAGUGAGGGCCAUCAACAUUGCUAAUGGGAAGAGUUUUCCUGAAACUCCGACUUUAAUGUUCGAAUUUAUAGGCACAGAGGCAUAUUCCCGUGAACAAACCCUUAUAGUUAAGAAGAUUGCUUCUGAACACAAUGGGUCAGACUUUGUUUUUGCGGAAGAUCCUGAAACUAAAAAGGAACUUUGGAAGAUGAGGAAGGAGGCACUUUGGGCAUGCUUUGCAAUGGAGCCUAAUUUCGAGGCAAUGAUUUCGGACGUAUGUGUUCCUCUAUCAUGCCUUGCAGAAUUGAUAUCAAGGUCCAAACAAGAGCUGGAUGCAUCAGAACUGAUUUGCACAGUUAUUGCUCAUGCUGGUGAUGGGAACUUCCACACAGUGAUUCUUUUUGACCCUAACAAUGAAGAACAUCGACAAGAAGCACAGAGACUAAACCAUUUUAUGGUCCAUACUGCCUUGUCAAUGGAAGGAACAUGUACGGGUGAACAUGGCGUUGGUACAGGAAAAAUUAAGUAUCUGGAACAAGAAUUGGGGAUGGAGGCUUUGAAGACAAUGAAAAGAAUAAAAGCAGCAUUAGAUCCGAACAAUACUAUGAAUCCAGGAAAGCUUAUCCCUUCUCAUGUUUGUUUUUAAGUGCUUACUCUCUUUAUGCAUGGCUAUGCAUGUAUGCACUCCUAUGUCUACCAUUACCCGUCCAGUCGCUGUCGGAAUAGAGAAAUGAAGCGGAUAUGGUUUCAUAUAGUUCUCUGAAGUACUUGUAAUCUUAAUUGGUCUCCCAGGCCCCCCUUAUCUCUUAUAAGAGGGAAUACAUAGAAGGGGUUAAGGUGAAAACCUGUCUGCUAGCUAUAGAUUAAAUAUUUUCGUUUGUAACUGGAUCAUAUUAAGCUUCAUUUUAGUUGAAUAUUAUACAUUUCUGUUAGUAUCUUAUGACUGGAGUCUAGUUCAAAGAUAAAUGUGAACCAAAUUAGUUAGAGUUAAA